CUCAUGACCUCUGAUCAAUAUCAGGAAUGUGUGUGAUACUGACGCGACAAUUUCCAAUAAUGCCUAUUACCAGUGCUUGAAAACCAGCAUCGAGGUCAUAUGCAUUUGACGCGCGAGUCGAGAAGUGGGGUUAUUAGCUGGCGGGGGAAUUGAAGCAGACGCCAUAUAAGUACAUUCUUCUGCUAAUUCUCCAUUACAACUUCGGUUUCUACAAUGUCUACCGCUGGUCUUGUCAUCUUGACACACCCGCUGCCGUCCGCGCCCCUGGGGCAGCUAAUUGAGGAACCGAUUUCACCCACCUCUAAAAUAUACACGGCCACGGCCAUGUUUCCCGACAGUCCGACGCAGAUCUCCUCUACAUCGCUGCGCGGUGCUACACGACGAGUGUGCCACAGUAGUAACAGCCUAAGUGGCAGUCUUAUGAAGAUCGAAGCUCACGAUUCGGUACGUUCUACACUGGAGAACGACCGCACCAUCUUUAGAUCUCUUUGUCAAGACCCAGGAGCCCAGAAGUGGAUGCACGAUAUGACGAAAGCUGGACGUCGUUUCUCCUUUGUUGUUGGCACCCAAGAGCUGAGAAAUGCAAAGUUCACUCCAGUGGAUUUGUCUCCGCAACGCAUCUCUGCACAUGCGCACGAUGACAGUACUCAGGUUCCAUCAAAUAUAAAGACUGCGCCUGGCCUUGAAGCACGCAAAGUCAAGUGUCUGGUUGGAAGACACGAUGCGCCGCACUCCCUCGAAGAUGUCGAUUAUGAUUGGAAUUACUUUUCGUUGAGCGAUGAUAUGCAGCUAGCCAUUGGUUUAGGAGCUACCUCAGGAGAACUUCAAGCCCUGGUUAAUGCAUCGAUCAAUAUUUGAUAUGUAUGAUUUCAAGUAAUCGAAAUUCAAGAUAUAAGAAGAUGUUAACAUCAUAUUCACGUGACCGUGUACAAGCUCGGAC